AAACAGGAGGAAACCCACACAGUCAUGUACAUUUUGCCGACAGCUGUGGGAUUUGAACCCAGGUUGUUGGCGCUGUAAUAAGUUAUACUGACCGCUACAUUACAGUGACCUGUCAACUUUGCUGGAGAGAGCUUUUUGGUCCAUGGUCUGGGAAGAGGUGGAUGUUUCCUGGUCAUUGCUGUCUCUGGGAAUAUCAGCUGAGCUGGAAUCUUGAGUUUUGAAGGAGCCCUCUGGCCCCCUCCCUGGCUGACGAAACAACCGGCCGGGGCCGAUGUGUGUGAGGUUGGUGGAACAGCUGCCUCACUGGCUGGGGACCACCUACUUCCUGUUCUCACAGCUGUGGUUGCCGUGGGUGGAGUGAGAUAGGGCGAGUGGGGGUGGAGGAUUUGGCUGCCUGGCGUUGAGCUGGUCAGAGAGGCGCUUGUCAGUGCUGGUCAUAUGUUUUGACAGAUUCCAAACAGUUGUUAGAAGCUGUGAGGCCUGUGUGCCGGCCCUGUCUUUGUCCUUCACAUGGGCAUGUCUGCUGCUUCAGGCACUCGCCUGCACUGCCGUACUGGUUGUCUGUGAUUUUCAACGAGCUGAACAUUGUUUCCAUUCCCAUGGUCCUGGACUUCAUCGCUUUGACUUUCUGGAAACGUGAAUGGUUUAUGCAUCAGACUGCCCUUGGGAGAGCAGAGAGCCGGCAAUGAUCUAAGGGGUUUGGCGGCAGACUUGAACAAGAACAGUAUUCAGACCACCAUUCCCCAGGGGCCCCAGCAGAAAGCAUGGGGCGCAAAAAGAUUCAGAUCACACGCAUCGUGGAUGAGCGCAACCGGCAGGUGACCUUCACCAAGCGGAAGUUCGGGCUGAUGAAGAAGGCGUACGAGCUGAGUGUGCUGUGUGACUGUGAGAUCGCCCUCAUCAUCUUCAACCACUCCAACAAGCUCUUCCAGUAUGCCAGCACAGACAUGGACAAGGUGCUGCUCAAGUACACAGAGUACAACGAGCCCCACGAGAGCCGUACCAAUGCCGACAUCGUGGAGACCCUGAAGAAGAAAGGGUUUAACGGGUGCGACAGCCCCGAGCCUGACGUGGACGACGCCAUCGAGCAGAGCCCUUUCAUGGAGGACAAGUUUCGGAAGGUCACCGAUGACAUUGAUGUCUUGUUCAAGAGAUACGGGUCAACCAUGCAGCCCACGAACUUCAGUGUGCCAGUGACCAUCUCCAUCGGCAGUCAGAGCGUGUUGCCCUACAGCGACCCCGGCUCAUCCCUGGUUAGCCCCUCGCUGGUGACCACCUCGCUCACCGAUUCCAGCCUUCUGAGCCCGCAGCAGACCGUGAUGAGGAGGAACACCGUAUCUCCUGGCAUUCCCUCCAGGCCGCCGAGUUCCGGCAACCCAGGUGCAUUGGUGGGACCAGAGCUCUCUACGUCCAACGGAGGGUGCCCAAGCCCUGUAGGGAACGGUUACGUGAACCAGAGGUCCUCGCCUGGACUGCUCACCACCACGAGUCUGGGCAAGGUGAUACCGCCGAAGUCACCGCCUCCCCCUGUCGCACAGCUGCCACUCGUUAACAGCCGAAAGCCCGACCUUCGGGUCAUCACCUCGCAGAGCAAAGGACUGAUGGGCUCCCUGACAGAGGAGGAGCUGCAACUGAGCACACAGCAGCUGACUGCAGGCACACAGUCGCUCAGCACUCCGGUGGUGUCAGUGGCCACGCCUAGCCUCCUCCCCCAGGGGCUGCACUACUCGGCAAUGCACAGCACUUACAACACAGACUAUCAGUUGACCAGCGCUGAUUUAUCAGCCUUGCAGUCAUUCAACUCUCCGGGUGCCGUAUCUCUUGGCAAUAUGACGACGUGGCAACAGUUGACACCGGCGACGAUUGGCAACAUGCUGGUCGGGCCCAGUAACCAGCUCCCUCAGGUCUCCACGCUGACAACAGGCAGCACCCAGGACGUGCGGGUGAAGUCGGAGCCGGUGUCCCCCACCCGUGAGCGCACCACCCCCUCUGGCUUCCUGCCGCAGGGUCCGCAGGACGGGGGCCGCUCCCCGGUACACAGCCUCAGCAGCAACGGUAGCCCACUGGAAGGGAGCGAGCGGGACGAGGCCCGGGCGGGCUACAUCUCCCCUGUCGGACACAUGCGGGUGGGCGGGAAGGAGGACGAGGACCCAUCCGCAAAACGCCUGCGGAUGGACGCCUGGGUCACCUAACACCCUCCACAAUCCCCUCAACCCUCCCCCACACCGCCCUAGAGAAGGAAGGUUCGAGGGAGGCAGUGUCCGUGUUAUAGCCCGGUUUUACACAACGCAAUGUCCAACCACACCCACCCUCCUCCGCUAUGCCCCGCAUCCACGCUCUUUGGCACCGCUUGUCAGUAACCAAAGACUCCUGGUGAAAACUGGCACUGACUACGCACUCCCUCCUCGAUAUCAGCCGCAGAUCCCUCCUUGUCAUUUUCCCUUCACCCCUCUGUCACCAGAGGGGAGCAAUAUCCCAGUGUGAAUGCCAUCCCAGUGGGCUAGGAUUUAAUCAGCAAGUGUCCACCUUGUCAAGGUGUGCGAAGGGCCGCUGGACUGGUGGUGGUAGCGGGUAAAAUGGGAGCAGGGUGGGGCCUCUCUCCCCUACGCUCCCCCCCUCUCUCCCUCCCCCCCUCUCUCCCUCCCCCCUUCUCUCCCUCCCCCCUCUCUCCCUCCCCCCACUCUCUCCUUCCCCCCUCUCUCUCCCUCCUCCCUUUCUCUCCAUUCCCCCCUCUCACUCCCUCUCUCUCUCUCACUCCCCGUCUCUCUCUCCAUCCCCCCUCUCACUCCAUCCCCCCCUCCAUGCCCCCCUCUCUCCAUCCCCCCCUCUCUCCAUCCCCCCUGUCUCCAUCCCUCCUCUCUCUCUAUCCCUCCCUCUUCUGUGUUCUCCCUCAUUCUCGUCCUCCCAUUCUCUGCACCCCAUCUCCACGCUCCCUGUGGUAGCUGGACGUUUCUCUGUAUUGAACAAAUAUCGCUGUUUUUCACACCCGGGGUUGUUACUUGGUGUCUGAGCUCCUCCACCCCCCACCCCAGAUUCUUGCCCAUGACACUGGGCUGGGCAGAUUGUCCCCACCCCUGGGUGCUGCAGAGGGUGGUUUAGUGAUCCUGGGGUGAAUUCUGGGGUAAGGGUUUAGUGGAGAUCACCAUCCCCACCCAGACCUCUCUGGGCACGUACUCCUGCGAUUCCCAGUGGGGUGUCAGUCCUGGAAUGUGACCACCUCUUUCACCUCUGUCCCCUUCCCCAUCCUGGAAUACUGGUCUCUGAUAGCUGGAAAACAGAGCCCUCCGCCAUCGCUCUUUCCACCCAUCGUCCCACGCCCUUUCCUCGACCCACCAGUUCCUCCCUUCACCCUUUCUUCCCGCCUUCCCUCCACACUCCUGCCCAUCUCUCCUCCGUUUCCUCCCUCACCCCUUUGUAUGUCUCCUUCCCCCAAUUCCGUCCACCCACCUGCCCAUCCACACCCACUCCCUCCUGUCUCCCCCACCUAUCCAUUCUUUUAUCUCGUUUCUCCCUCCUUUCCUUCCCCGUAGCUCUGUAUCUCCCACCUCUCCUCAUCUCACACCCUGUCUCCUUCCUGCCCUCUCCCCCAGAUCCACCUCUCUCUCCUCUCUCCACCCCUCAACCCAUCUUUUUCCCCGCUGGCCAACAACUGCCCUUCAGGGUUGAUCAAAUAAACACCUCCCAAAUCCCCUCCCAACCUCAGGUGCCCCCGUCCCCACCCUUUUCCAGCCCCUCGGUGUUGUCAGCUGGUGAUCAGCUGAUUCACAGCCCUGCUCCCCCCACCCCCCCCAACAGUGAUUUAAGUUAUUGGUUGGUAGAUUUAUCAUGUGAGUGUGUGUAUGUGUGUGCGUUUGCGCGCGUGCUUGGCCGCGCCCCUGAGUUUUUUAAAAUGUGCUGCCACUUGUAUAGAUAAUUUUUUAAAGAAAUACAAUAGACCCACAAUAUUUAGGCCUCUUUCAGGAGACGUACCUGCUGCAGUUCUGUGUGUGGCUCACAGGGUUUUCGAGGAAAACCGUUCACAGGACUGACACCCUUGGUUGGGAGGGGACGCAGCAGUACAGUGCUAAUUUAUUGUCAGAAUGUUUAUGUUCUUUUUUUUUAAAAAAAUGCAUGUCGACAUAUUUAAAUGAAAAUACAAAAAAAAACAUACUUUGAGCCUCUCGAUGCACAAUAGAGAGAAGAGUUAUAGCUAAUAUAUUGUGUCCAGAUUGUGUCUCAGGCUCGAAGCUUAUCGCUGUUAUAUUUGGUUUUCCAGGUGGAAUUACAAAUUGUGUAUAUUUUUCAUAAGCGCGAGAAUGCACUGAUCUUCCGCGGUUGUUGGGAUGGGGAGGGGCGCGGAGGCUCUGGCGGCCCUGGUGGUAGGGUGACCAGGGCUGGGGAGCCGGCUGUUCGUGGCUGACCUGCCUUGGCGGACAUCUCCCCGGCAGCAGCCGGUCAGGGUGGGAAAGAGGUGUUGAGGACUCCCCCUAUGUAAACCCCUCCCUGCGUCCGAGCCGCAGCGGUGGAGAGUGGGUGUGGGAGUGUGAGGGUUUUAUUUCAGGCCAGGGAUGAGAGUGGGCCUUGAGGCCAGGAACGCUUCCUCCUGCCUUCCCCUGGUGGACGAGGCAGGGGAGUGGAGGGUGCGGUGGGCAGGGGCUUCCUCUGCAUGCCAGUAUCCGCCUUGUGAAGCCCAUUUUCCUCCCUACGCGAGCCUCCUCUCAAAGGAGGGCCAGUGGGGGGUGGUUCUCGCCAGAUUACCAGAUGGAGUAAGGGGGUCCUUGUCCCCUGCAGGUCGAGCACACAGGGAGGGGAGAGGUGGAAACCCUGCCCCUCCCAGUCGGUGCACAAUUCAAUCUCAGCUGCCUCUACCUCAGAACUGAAGAUCACUCUUCCCGAGUGGAUCUCAGUCGGGGGGAUCGAGGACUCUGUCUCCACCCCCUCCAACUCACCCACCCCACAGGACGACCUGGCAGGGAGCUUGCCAGCUCCACUCUCCCUCCUCCUCAUCCCCACACACAGCCUGGGGGGGGGGGUGCCUGCGGUUGAGUGUAGCAUAGUUUGGCAGCUGCCCAGGGCUCCCACCUCCUUCGUGUCCUUUGGGAUAGUCAGCUGGGUGGUUUUGCUUCUGGUACCCUGUUUGGGAGUGGGGUACGGCUGAAUUUGUUUCUGAGAAGGGCUCUCUCCCCCCCACACCCUUGAACAGGAUAUGUGAAGAUAAGAGGGUUGUGGGAGAGCGUAGGCGUAGGGAGGGGCAGGGGGCAUAAACUCUGCACAGACUACGCCAAGCGAGCACCUGUUGGGGCAGGCACCAGUCCACGAUGCCCCCACUUCCCCGCCUGUCCUCUCUCCCGCCCUGUGCUGGUGUUCCCGUGUGUAGACAGGCGGAUGGCUCGCUGGGUUUUAACGGCGGGGCUCGCCUUUUUAUCUCUGUAACGACAAUCACUAAUAUAACGUCGCCGAGUGUUUUACUCUCAAAAGGCAGCGUGCGAGUGUGAGCGAGUGUGUGCGCACGUGUGCGUGCGCAUGUGUGUAUAUGCGAGUGUGUGCGUGUGUGUGUGCGCGCGCGUGUGUGUGUCCCUUGUCCCCCCCCGUGCCGUAUGGUGAUGCUUGUAUAUUACACACACAAAGAAUAUUAAAUUGGACGUUCAUCUCUGAACUCCUGCACUAUAUUUGUUGUAAAGAGGUUUACUAUCAUUAUUUUAAAUACACAUUUCUGA